UAGACUGCCUUUUCCUUUGGGCUCCAUCUUCUGAAGAGCGUUGGCGCGCAGUGUCCUGUUUCGGGGUGGCGUCUCAACGGCUUGCGCACCAUGACGGACCGUUACACGAUUCACAGCCAGUUGGAGCACCUGCAGUCCAAGUACAUCGGGACGGGCCACGCCGACACCACCAAGUGGGAGUGGCUCGUGAACCAGCACCGGGACUCCUAUUGCUCCUACAUGGGCCAUUUCGACCUGCUCAACUACUUCGCUAUCGCCGAGAACGAAAGCAAGGCCCGCGUCCGCUUCAACCUCAUGGAGAAGAUGCUGCAGCCUUGCGGGCCACCCGCCGACAAGCCCGAUGAGUCUUAAGCUUGGAGCCGUGCAGCCCGUCGGCGCUCCCGCGCGAGCGAGGAGGGAAGGAAGGGUGAGGGAGCGCAGCCUUGCCGACGGUGGGAACCUGGCCCGGUGAACCAUUAGAUUCCGCUCCGCGUCCAUCAAGCCACCCGUGACUGCUUGUUGACUUGCGUGGUUAACUUGAUUCCGACAUGCUUUGUACACAUACGUGGCAGGGAGGACGCCUUCUGAACUUGAGCUCUCUGCAGGCUGCGGGGACUUGUGACAGACGAGCAGAGCGAGGCCUGAUGGUUUCUCUCUGGCUGCGGCUUUCUACGCAUAGACAGGCAUGGGGUGGCUUGCUUUAAAGACUUGUAAAUGCACCUUUUUCUUCAUUUCCCAUUUGGAGUGCUUGAGAGGCAUUUUCACAAUUUGGUUUAAUAAAAGAUGAUGCAUUUU